CCGCUUCGAUUCGUCGUAAGCUGUGAGAUCCAGUUGGUGUAUGUACUGUGUACUUCCUCGUGUAAACAUUUCUCGCCAUCGAAAUUAAACGGCUCGUUAAACAUUAGAUGUUAUAUGAAAGGCGUCAAAUUACCGCGUUUUUACCUACUUUCGAUGUAACUGCAUUUCCGCGGCUCGCAUAUCGGGAUCGUUAAUAUUAAAUGAUUACGGUACAACGGUCACCGGCGACCGGCGAUUAACGCUGCUGACUGCUGAGGAUGGCUGCAUACCGGAGAUGACGGCGCGUGCAGCUCGGAUCCCGGCGGCAUGAAGAAGUUCAUGCGCACGCGCGCCCCGCCCGCGCCCCCCGCGCACCCCGCGCACCUCGCGCACCCGGCUGCCGCACAUCAUGCGUCUGCCACCCUUGGAGCUCACAAAACCAAUGGCAUUGGAAAUGGCGCUACCAAGCGUGAAGAGCCCUCCCCCAUGUCCAGGUACUGGAGCGAGUCGGAGCAGAGCGCGGGCGCGCUGUGGGAGGACCCCGAGGCCGGCGCGCUGGCGCGGCUGCCGCACGAGCGCCGCUUCGCGCCGCACGCCGCCGCGCUGUGGCUGCGUCCGCACGAGCUGUGCGCGCGGCCUCGCUUCCUGGGCGACGCGGCCGUCGACGCGGACGUCGCCCCGGAGCGGCUCGACCCCGAGCCCGAGGACCAGUUCGCUGCGAGGUGGAGCGUGGAGCCGGGCGAGGCGGGCGACGGCGCGCUGUGCGCGGCGGCCGCGGCGCUGGCGCUCACGCCGCGCCUGCUCGCGCGCGUCGUGCCCCCGCACAGCUUCCGCACCGAUUACACCGGCAAGUUCAGGUUCAGUUUCUGGGUGUUCGGCGAGUGGCGCGAGGUGUGCGUGGACGACCGGCUGCCGGUGCGCGGCGCCCGCCUGCUGGCCAGCCGCAGCGCGCUCCGGGACGACUUCACGCUGCCGCUGCUCGAGAAGGCCUACGCGAAGCUGCACGGCGGCUACGCGGCGCUGCGCGCGGCGCGCGGCGGGCUGGCGCGCGCGCUGCAGGAGCUGUCGGGCGGCGUGGUGCAGAGCUUCGCGCCGCCGCGCCAGCCGCGCGCGCUGCUGCUGCAGGUGCUCAACUCCGCCGUGCCGCGCUCCACGCUGCUCGUCGCCACCGCCGAAAAAGAAAGCAGCGGGCGACGUCUCCGGAACGGGCUGAUCGCGGGGCAGGCGUACUGCGUGACGGGGCUGGCGCGCGUGCGGGAGGAGGGCGGUGCGGGCGGUGCGGGCGGGGAGGGGGGCGGCGCGCUGGUGCGGCUGCGCGCGCCCAGCGGCCGCGGCGAGUGGGCCGGCGCGUGGGCGCGCGGCGGGCCGCAGUGGCGCGCGCUGGCCGCCGCCGACCGCGACCUGCUCGAGCGCCGCGCCGCGCAGCCCGGACACUUCUGGAUGUCGUUCGCGGACUUCGCGCGCGCUUUCGGGCGGCUGGAGCUGGUGCACGUGGGGCCGGACGACUGGCUGGGCGAGCCGGCGCUGCACGGCAAGCGGGCCUGGCGCGCCGUGCUGGCGCGGCGGCGCUGGCGCGUGGGCUACAACGCGGGCGGGCCGCCCGCCGCGCCCACCGCGCACGCCAACCCGCAGUUCCACGUGCAGGUGCCGCGCGCGGAGGGCAAGUGCCACGUGGUGGUGUCGGUGACGCAGCAGUACGCGGUGGGCGGGCGCCGCUCGCGCCUGCACGCCAUCGGCUUCGCGGUGUACGAGCUGCCGCCCGCCUCGCCGCCGCGCCGCCCCGCGCCCUUCUCUGACCUGCGCGCGCUGGACGUGACGCACUGCUGCGCGGCGCGCGAGGUGGCCACGUUCUUCACGCUGCCGGCGGGCCAGUACCUCGUGGUGCCGCACACGCGCCGCCCGCACACCGCCGCCGCCUUCCUGCUGCGCAUCCUCACCGACCACCACACGGACGUCUGGGAGGUGAACGACGAUAACGCGAUCGUCCGCGACAUAGCCGCCGAGUUCGAGCAGGAGGGCUGGCCGGUGCCGGCCGACAUGCAAGCCAUCGUGAACAAGUUGAUGAAAAAGCAGGAAACGGAAGAGGUGAGUCGAGAGAAGAGCGCGCCGUGGAGGUGGAGGUGAUCACUGACAGUGACGCGUGUGGCGUGUGCGCAGGUGGAGGGCGAGGCGCUGCGAGCGGCUCUGCGCGGCGCGUGGCGGCGCGUGCUGCCGGCGCCGCCGUCGCUCGAGCUGUGCCGCGCGCUGCUCACGCUGCGCGACCCCGCCGUCAGCGGCCGCGCGGCGAGCGGGGGCGCGCGGCGCGGCUGCGGCGCGCGGCGCGUGUCGGCGUACGGGCUGCGCGCGCUGCUGUGGGCGUGCGGCCUCAGCGUCUCCAACAAAGUGCUGGAGUGCCUCGUGCUGCGAUUCGCGCGCGGCGCCGCGCUGUCGCCCGCCGCCUGCUUGCUGGCCCUCGCUCGCCUGCACCUGGCGCAUGAGAGGUAUCGCAGCCUGGAUGCGAAACUGAAAUCGAAUCCUCUCUCGCUGGAAGAGAUGAUCUUGAUGACUAUCUACUCGUAACGAUGUUACUUCUUAUUCGCCGACUAAAAGAAUUGAACGCGGAGGCAAUGUUUAGCUUCUUGUGCAGUGCGCCCGCGCCCGCGCACAGAGGCUUUACCACGGAUGUAUAAUGUGUAGUUGUAACAGACGGUGCUAUAGUUAUUAUAUAAAAAUUAUUAUUAAGAUUGUUUUGCAAUGUCAAAGAUUGAAUGAAUAAUAUAUAUAUAUAUAUAUAUAUAUAA